CUAUACUCAUAUGCUCUGCUCUCUUUGGUGUGCCCUAUGUCAUUCACUUGAGUUUUCCUUGGUUUUUCAGUGUUUUCAGUUUUAAUUUGACCUAAUCGAUAUUAUGGACCAAAAAUAUGUCUAAUUUCCAAAAAAAAAUUGUGGCAUGAUUUAGACAAAGUACACCAACAAAAAUGGACGAAGCCUGUGAAUAUGAAGGUGAGAUACCGAUCUGGCAGGAACCCCGAUGUGAGCCACUCGGGGCGCCGAAAGAAAACCUUUGUGACGAAGCUACCCCGGAACAAUUGUCCGGUGAUCGAAUACACGCAUUGGAAGAAGAGCAGGAGAUUCUAUCGUCGUCAGUUUUCUCUCUUACAUCUCAUCUUGCGCAGGUCGAAUUUCGCUUGAGGCAAAUACUAAAAGCACCUCCGCAAGAAAAAGAUUCUAUGUUACAAGCUCUUGAACAGUUUACGUCCCGUGGUGUGCCGGAUUCAAGGACCGCACCUCAAGGUAGCGCCGAGGAAACAACUUGUAAUGAAUGCGUAGAGUUAGAGCGAAAAAUGAAACGACAACGCUCUAAGCAAUCUCAGUUCGUGGAAAGACUCAAGUCACAGCUAAAAGAACUUGAACGUUUUGCGACAGACCCAAAAUCAGAAUCUGGAGACAGUACCCACAGGACAUUGAUAGAACAUUUGAGAAGUGAAAUAGAUCGCAGCCUUGAAGAAGGUUGCCACCAGCCACUAAGUGCUGAUGAAUUGAGGCACCAAAUAAACUGUGCUGUAAGGCAGUAUGCUGAUAAACAACUUUCUAAAGAAGAAAUAAUCGGGAAACUACAAACUCAUAUAGAAGAUAUGCAAAAGUUUAUAAAAUUAAUAAAAAAUGAAGACUUGAACAGCAAUGGAAAAACAAAACCGGAACCAAAGAAGGUUGGAAAAUCUGAAUCAUUUGAGAAAAACUUCACUCGAAACAGUGUUAAUGAUGAGUUGAAAGCGGAGACAAUUAACCUAAUGAGGAAAGCUUCAACAUUGAUACAAAUCUUUACAGUGUCACAGUUUGGUUGUUCUCCAAACAGUCAUAAAAAGUUUGACAAGAGAUCACCAAAUGUUACCCAUUGGGGCAACCUCAGAGCUAGGCUGGAGAUGUCAAUUGAUGCUGUACUUCAUUUAGUAUCCAGAGAGAGGCAGGCCAGCUCAAUUAUUGACAGCUAUGACAGUGAUUCAGAGGAAGGGGCUGUGGUUAUAAAUGAUGCGCCCUUGACUACCGCAGUGAGGAGACAUUUAGCUAUUAACUUGAGGGAUUUACUACAACAUGGUCUUAUUGGACCUGACUCUACAUCUCUGGUACCAAUAAUUGGCUGCUUUCCCGUCCGCAGGUCUUCCAUGUCACGUAAUUUACAUAUUUGGGAGCUUAUUUUACGUUAUUAUGAACUGAAUGAUGGAGAUAGAUUUAACUCCACUCCGGCUAGAAAACUGAGUCAAAGUUUUAACUUAGAUAUAGUGGGAGGUACCGCUAUUACAAAUAAGCAAAGUUUAUUAAGUAAUGUAGGAAGUAUAAUAGCUUCACAUACACCAUAUAAAAGAAGUUAUGAUGCACAUUUUAAAGCAUUUGUAUGCGCUGCAUUAAAUUCCCACAAGCUUGUAAUGUGGCUAAAUAUUAUGUUAAAAAGUAGGUCCCUGAUUGAUUCAUAUUAUUCUUCCACUAGCUACAUAGUCAACACAGGUUUUCAGGAUGCUUUGCAAAGUUUAGAUCGUCUUACGCCUUAUAAUUUUGAUUUGCCUGUCGAUUUAGCUGUGAAGCAAUUUCAAAAUAUCAAAGAUGUAUUUAUGUAAUUAUAAGAGUACAAUUUACACAGUCAGUAUGCCUUCCAAUUGUACUGUGCAUUUAUUCUGUAGAUCUGUAAAAACAUUCUAGUCCACUUUAAUGUAAGGUUUUCUUUAGAUGUAAAUUGUUCAAUAUGUAUCUGACAACCAAUGUACAACUAAUGUCUGAUAUUAUCUUAUAGUGAAAAAUAAACCAAAGAACACACUAGGUCAUAUCAAAAACUGCCAAUGGAACAAUUAUUAACUUUAAUAACUGUCUUUCAGUCCUGAAUAUGUAUCAAAAUUGAAUAUUUUAAUAAAUCUAGAGUCGAGAUCUUGCAAUAGUAACUAUAGUUAUUUCAGGAAUUUGGUAAAUAAAGAUUGCUUUGACAUUUUUUGAUAGCUUUUUGAACUCAGCUAUUUGUUUUAGGUUAGUUUGUUAUGUAAAAUAACCAAAUUUUAUAAUAGUAAGCUUCUAUUACAAUAUUACUUGUACAUUAUUUUUAAAUUAACCACAUGAUUAAUUUAAUAUGACUUUUAGUCAUUGUUAGUUACAUUGUUAAUCAUUAUUAAAUAGUACAGUAUUUAUCUAUUAAUUUAAAAAUGCAUAAUGGUUCCCUAUUGUGUCUUUUGGCCUAAAUAAUUGUUUUAUAAGUUGAUAAUUUGUGAUGUUUCCAUAGUUUUACAUUCCUUACAUUGUAUUUAUUUAGGUGUACCUAAUGAUUAUUCUCACAAUUUGUAGCUAACUAUGUAAAAACUAUGUAGUAAUUCUGUAAAAUUUAGUAAUUUUCACCUGUGGAAUUUGUAUACAUUCCAAACUGGUAAACCAAAGAAUUUACAAAGUGUAUACACUUACUAUAGUAUUAAACUAUGAAUAUCGCAAAUAUAGUAGUUCAAGCAUG